AUGGUUUGGGGCCCUUUUCUGCAGCAGGGGUCAUCAGGGCCUUCAGCCCUUAACCUUUUGCGCGGUGUCUGUACACCUCAAGAUGAGCGCAGCAGCAGCAGCAGCAGCAGCAGCAGCAGCAGCAGCAGCAGCCGCUGCAGCAGCAGCAGCAGCAAUGGUUGGCGCUGCGGCUUAGUGAGACCCUGCCGAUGCGGGUGGUGGUCCCUGCCGCUGCUGCUGCUGCUGCUGCUGCUUGGUGCGGCAGCAGCAGCAGCAGCAGCAGCAGCAGCAGCAGGACUGCAGCAGCACGAGCCCCCUGUCUUUGCUUCUUCUUUAAAACUUGCAAAGCUGCAGCAGCGGCUGCGCAAACACCACGUGCAUGCAGCAGGCCCCCCGCUAGCCCUGCAGCAGCAGCAGCAGCUGCUGCAGCAGCAGCAGCAACAGCAACUGCUGCAGCAGCAGCAACAGCAGCAGCAACAACAACAGAAGCAGCAGCAGCAACAGCAGCAACAGCAGCAAAAUGAACAGCAGCAGCACCCUGGAGCUGCUGCUGCGCUGCUGUCUGUCUUCAAUGAUUUACUUGUCUCCUUCAGCAGCAGCUGCAGCUUGUUGGCUUUUGCUGCUGCUGCAGCAAACGCGACUUUUGCCGGGCUGCUGCUGCGCAGCAUUUGGAUGAAUCCCCUGAAGAGCAGCGCAGCAGCAGCAGCAGCAGCAGCAGCCAGCAGCAGCAGCAGCAGCAGCAGCAGCAGCAAAAAUACGAUGCUACCGAUUGAAAAGGGACACUUUUGGAGGGCCCGGAGAGCAGCAGAGAGACUUAAAGCGGCGCUUGUUGCUUGCUGCAAGAUCUGCAGCAGCAGGAGCAGCAGCAGCAGCAGCAGCAGCAGCAGCAAACUGAGUGAGGCGCAGCAGCAGCUGCUGCGGGAAAAACGGUGGCUGCCGUGGCUGCUCGACGGGCAGCAAGAGUCCCAGUCAGCGCUAGCAGCAGCAGCAGCAGCUGCUGCUGCUGCAGAAGCCGCAGCUGCAGAGGCCAGAGCAGCAGGCAGAGCACCGGAAGCAGCAGCAGCAGCAGCAGCAGCAGCAGCAGCAGCAGAUGAUAACUAUAGUGCUUCCAGGCCUGAGGAUGGAAUUUUAUUGGCCCCUGACUCUCCGUGGUAUGAAGGCGAAGCAGCAGCAACAGCAGCAGAGACAGAAGCAGAAGAAGAAUCACCAAAAGUUGCAGCAGCAGCAGCAGCAGCAGCAGCAGCAGCAGCAGCAGAUGAGUCCUCCUUGCUGCUGCGGCCGUGCACUGACUUUGACAUUGUGUCUCCUCUGAGCGACAGCAGCAGCACAACUUUGCUGCAGCCAUGUUCUCCCCUCGCAGCAGCAGCAGCAGAGGAGGAUGAGGAAGCAGCAGCAGCUGCUGCGGCUGCAGCAGCAGAAGAGGAAGCUGCAGCAGCAGCAGCAGAAGCAGCAGCAGUUGACAGCCUGCUGCAGUCCUACGCACACAAACCGCCGCUGCUGCAGUGGCUGCUGCACUACGGUGUCUCCUUUUUGUGGGCCUUUCAGCUUUGCUGCCUUGCUUUGCUGCAGGGGCCCCUAAUGGGGGCCCCCGAAGCAGCAGCAGCAGCAGCAGCAGCAGCAGCAGCAGCAACUGUAACGGCAGCAGGAGGGACAAGGGCGGGGGAGCUUGCUUUCGUCAACAGCAGCAGCAGCAACAGCAGCAGCAGCAGCGGGACCUCAACAGCAGCAGCACAGCAUCUGCUGCUGCUGCUGACAGAGCUGCUGCUGGGCAUUUCUCUCUUGUGGGCCCUUCUCUCAGAAGCAACAGUCCUCAGUGGCAGCAAGCAGCAGCAGCAGCAGCAGCAGCAGCAGCAGCAGCAGCAGCAGCAAAAGAGGAGACGCAGAGGCAUCUUCGUAGGGCUCUUGCUGCUGCUCUGCUUCUGCUGUGCUGCUGGUCUCUGUUGGGCCAACGCCGCAGCUGGAAGUAUGGGCCCUGCAGCAGCAGCAGCAGAAGCAGCAGCAGCAGCAGAAGCAGCAGCAGCAGCAGCAGCAGCAACUAAGGAGCAGCAAUUCCUUCCGUUCCACCCAAAUGAGGCAGCAAACGACGCAGCCGUCCGCUUCUCAGUCACAAAAAAUGAGCUGCACGAGCAGCAGCAGCAGCUGCAGCAGCGGCGACUGCAGCAGCAGCAGCAGCAGCAGCUGCCGCAGCAGCAGCAGAUCGCAGCAGCAGCAGCAGCAAACAGUCAUGGGGCAGGAACAAAGCAAAACAGGAUAUGGGUUCCCUUCAAGGCCGAUGGACUUUCUCUUAAUUCCGUAGCAAAUGCGCAGCUAGGACAUCGGCAGCAGCAGCAGCAGAAGCAGCAGCAGCAGCAGCAGCAGAAGCAGCAGCAGAAGCAGCAGCAGCAGCAGCAAGACCAGCAGCAGCUGCUGCUGCCGCUGCGUCUAGGCACACAGCAGGUGGGCCCCAGAGGCCCUUCCAAGCUGCGCCUGGCCCCUGCGGUGCUGCCGGUGGCCGCACUGCAGCGCAGCAGCAGCAGCAGCAGCAGCAGCAGCAGCAGCAGCAGCAGAAAGUCACAGUGGGCUGAUGUACCAGCAGCAGCAGCAGCAGCAGCAGGUGCUGCUCCGCGUCGCCUGAGCGAGGCCGAGUGGAGCCCUGCUGCUGCUGUUCGUUACUUGCAAGCAGCAGGAGGCAUGGGAGCAGCAGCAGAACCCAGCAGCAGCAGCAGCAGCAGCAGCAGCAGCAGCAGCAGCAGCAGCGCGCUGUGGCGGCGUGCUGCAGCAGCAGCAGCAGCAGCAGCAGCAUGGAUACAAGCAGCUGCUGCUCCCCUCUUUCCCCCCGGGCUCGGGGCCCCACAGUGUUUGCUGCUGUGCUGCUUGCUGCUGCCGCUGCUGCUGCUGCGAGCUGCUGCUGCUGCUGCUCUUCUGGACCUCAUCAGAAGCAAAGACGCGCUGCAGCAAAAGAGAGACUCCUCCCAGAAGAGCUCCAUUCUAUGGCUGGUCAGCACGAGGGUUUAG